AGUAGCUCAGUCGUACGAGAUCUCCCAAAUUUCUCACCUCCCAGCGGAAAACCCAACAUCCCACUCCUCCGACCCCCUCGCAUCGCAUCCCUGUCGGAAUCGCGCAUCCGGGGUUCGCCGCCCUCGCCAUGGCGCAAGGUACCACGCCCUCCGCGGCCGGCGGAGGCGGAGGCGGCGGGGGUGUUUUCUCCACCCCGGCGGCGGUCGCGACGACUCCCCCGGGCACCCCCCGCGCGGCGGCGGCGGCGGCGCCGCCGGCCCCCUCCGGGCACUACGCGGUAGAGCUCUACUUCGAUCCCGCGCUGGAGAACCAGGUGCUCAAGGCGUGGAACGCUCUCGCCCGGCGGCAGCUCAGCAGCCGCCUCAUCGACACCGCGUCCCGCCCGCACCUCCCGCUGCUGCAUCUCCCGGCCGCCGCGCUCCCCGACCCGCUCCGCCUCGCGCCCGCCCUCCGCGCGCUCGCCUCCCGCAUCGACCCGCUCCCUCUCGCGCUCUCCUCGCUCGCGUCGCCCCCGUCAUCCCUUGAUGCGGGGGUCCUCUUCCUUUCGCCCACGCCAUCGGCGGCGCUGCUCGGCCUCCACGCGCAGCUCUGCGAGCUGCUGCGCAAGGACACGGGGCUCGAGGUGCCCGACGGGUUCCGCCCCGACAACUGGGUCCCGCGGUGCGCCGUCGCCGUCGAUGUGCCGCGUGGCCGUAUGGCCGAGGCCUUUUGCGUGCUCCGUGAGCUCAAGCUUUUGCCUGUCUCCGGGUAUGGUAUGGACAUUGCGCUGGUAGAAGUCGCGCCGGUGGUCAGAGAGGUCGUCUCGUACCCGCUUGGUGGCAGCGGCGGUGUUGGAGCCGAUUGAGAGGUGUUGUUGUAAUUUGUACAAUGUGAAGAACCUCCUGGAUGGGACUAUCAUAUUUAACAAAGGGCAUCAUAAUGAUAACAUGGGCAUCUCCUUGUCCAGUUUGCCCGAUUGGUAAGAAGCUAAGUCGGAAAAAGAAGGGUAGAUCAUACUGUAUCCUACCGCAUAUACAGUAUUUUCUUCUUAUUAUUUGUUUAAUCUUUUGGUUGAUAAUACUCCGCUACUCAGCUGUAGAAACUUCAUAAACUGAAAAUGUUACCUGUGUUCAAGUUUAUGUAAUGAAUGGUCGGUUAUUGUGCGUGUCGAGUUGAGGUCACUUGUGCUCU